UCCACGUGGAAGAAAGAAAGGACUUCUAGCCUCUUCACUUCUCACUCAGUUCACCAGGAAUCAAUUACAUAAGGAAAAAGGCUUGUGGUACGUGCGGUUCAGCAGGUUCAACCAAAAAAAUCUUGAUAUAUAUGGUGAUAGAGUAGAGUAGGUUUUGGCUGAAGGGCACUGUCCCGGCCGAUCCCAUCUCCACUGCCGCCGGAACCAUUCCCCGUACAUCUCCUCCGUCGGUUUCGGCCUCCCAAUUGAUGGGCUUCUAGGUUGGACUUGUGCUACACGCAGCCUGUGGGGAUCGAGCUGCCCGGUAAUGGGUACCGGCACAUGCCGUUCACGGCGUUGUUGCUGCAGCUGGUGAAGAAGGACGAGAAACAGCCAGAAGACUCGAUUCAACACUAAAAGAACUUCAAGGUUCCACACCAAGCAUAAAUCUGAUGGAAGGGCCAUCAUACCACUGAGACAAGUGAACUCUCGAAUGCAGCUUAACAAUUGAUGAUGGAGUUCCCAUUCCUCUCCUUCCCAAUGAUUUUCACAUUCCUUCUCUUUCUGUUCAUGGUACUCAAAACCAUCAUGAUCAGUUCAUCGCCAAAACUGCCUCCUGGGCCGCCAAAGCUACCUCUAAUAGGAAACCUUCACCAAUUUGUUGGAUCUCUACCCCAUCGCGACCUAAGAGAUUUGGCCAAGAAAUAUGGACCUCUGAUGCACCUCCGACUUGGACAACUUUCUUUUGUUGUGAUUACCUCAGCAGAAUAUGCCAAAGAAGUGAUGAAAACACAUGACAUUGUCUUUGCUAACAGGCCUUAUUCUCUUGCUACAGAUAUCAUAUCUAAGAAGGACAUUGCCUUCGCACCUUAUGGGGAUUAUUGGAGACAACUUCGAAAACUUUGCAUACUGGAGCUUCUAAGUGCCAAACGUGUCCAAUCAUUCCGACCCAUCAGGGAAGAAGCCGUCUCGAAUUUGAUCCAAUCUAUUUCGACCCAUGCAGCUGGAUCUUUGUGCAAUCUCACUGAAAAGAUUUUCUCCGUGACAUAUAACAUCACUACAAAGACGGCUGUUGGUAAGAAAUUCGAUGGGCAAGAAGAAUUCAUAGGACUUCUAAGGGAUACCAUACAGUUAUCAGGAGGUUUCACUGUUGCCGAUCUAUUUCCUUCUAUUAAACUGCUUGCUUUGAUAACUGGGCUGAAGCCUAGAGCUGAAGAGACUCAUCGAAAACUUGAUAAGGUAUUUGAUAAGAUCAUUGAUGAACAUAAAGCUAGGAAGGUGGCAACACAAAACGGUGAUGGUAAAGCUGAUCAAAAAGACCUGGUAGAUGUUCUUCUAAGAGUUCAGGAGAAGGGUAACUUUGAUAUUCCCUUAGAUAUGACAACCGUCAAAGCUGUUAUCUUGGACAUGUUCAUUGCCGGGGUUGAGACAUCAUCUACAACUUUAAAUUGGGCAAUGUCAGAAUUGCUAAAAAAUCCAAGAGUUAUGGAAAAGGCACAAGCUGAGGUGAGACGUGUUUUAUGUAAAAAGGGAAAUAUUCUUAAUGAAGAUGACCUCCAUGACUUGAAUUAUUUGAGGUUAGUUAUCAAAGAAAUUCUCAGAAUACACACUCCUGCCGCUCUAUUACUUCCGAGAGAGAGUAGAGAGAGCUGUGAAAUCAAUGGAUAUGAGAUACCUGCAAAAACCCAAGUCAUUGUUAAUGCAUGGGCAAUUGCUAGAGAUCCUGAAAAUUGGAGUGAUCCAGAGAGCUUUCAGCCAGAGAGAUUUCUUGACAGUUCAGUCGAUUACAAGGGGACUCAUUUUCAAUACACACCAUUUGGUGCUGGAAGGAGAAUGUGUCCUGGCAUUUCAUUCGGGAUAGCUAAUAUUGAACUUCCACUUGCAAAUUUAUUGUAUCAUUUUGACUGGAAGCUUCCUGAUGGAGAGAAGCAAGAAGAUUUAGACAUGACUGAGGUCUUUGGUGCAGUAGUUGGCAGGAAAAAAGAUCUAUGUGUGAGUCAUAUUCCUUAUUAUCCUUUAGCUUAAGAUAUUAAGACAAGAAGGUAGAAAGCAUUGGAUGAUCACUAUUGAAUUUCCAAUUAUCACCUGUAAGAUUAAUUAUGUUUAUAUCUAUUAAUAAUGUAAUAGUAUGUUAGAAUAAUGUGUAUAAUCAUACUGUAGAAAAAUAAAAUAAGAACGGAUGUUUUGUGGGUUUUUAGAGAUAAUUGAAUAAAGAGUAUGCUUCACUUA